GCUAACAGGAAGUGCAGCUCAGGCGCCUAUCCACUCGUCUCAUCAAUGCAGCUUUCAUUCUCCCUCGGUGGGGCAAGAUGGAAGCUGUACAAAAAGACUACUGGUACUUCGUGGUACUUGUUUUUCUCUCUUUUCUUAAAGUUGCUGUCCAGCAGCAAGAGGUUGUUACGGUUCGGCUGGAGGAGGGGAUGGUUCUGGACUGCUUGUGCCCCUGGACUGGCAACCUCAGCAUGGUGUCCUGGACCAAAGUCCCAGACAAGCAUCCGGUGGCUGUGUUCCAUCCAGAGUUUGGAAUUGCUUUUUCUCACCAUUACAGAGAGAGAGUAGAGUUUUUGAGGACCACACCGUUGGAUGGAAGUAUUUCCAUUAGAAACGUCACUCAUCAGGAUAUUGGGCUCUACAGUUGUUCUGUUCAGACCUUCCCUCAGGGCCCCUGGAGCAGGAACAUUCAGGUGGAGGAUUUAGAUGAGCCACCAGAAGAAGACAACGGUACAGAGACCCCUCCCCCAGAGGUGACUGUGGCAGACACAGAGCUGAAAAUAGAGCAAAGCCACAACCUGACCAUCAAAUGUGACCACAAACACAACGGCACCGUCUACCAGGUCAUUUUGGAGAGGAUGCUUCAUGGCAAUCCCUGGGGCAUUAUUGGAGUGUGUAAGAAGGUGGAGGGUGGCCUGGUGUCCGAGGACUACAGCGACAGGGGCAGAGUCGACUGCACCGACAACCUGGAUGUCAGUCUGCUCUUGACUGAUGUUGCAGAGGAGGACAGUGGUUUCUAUCGCUGCACCUUUAACACGGAUGUGGGGGUGCAGACCACCACUGUGCAUCUCAGUGUUGCUGCUCCAGGUGGAUUCAGCCUGUCAUUAUACAUGAUGUACAUUUACAUCGGGGCUGGAGCUGCUGGCCUUGCUCUGCUUAUUGCCAUCAUCAUAGUAGCAAUGAGGCACAGAAAGAAGAACAGGAGAGAGGAGUACCGAGUCAAACUGCACCCUUCCCAGAGAAAGCCAAACCUCUAUGAAAACAGCAGCAUGUGUCCCAGGAUCCCAAAGAAGUCCAGACAGAUAAAAAACUGCCCGAUCUAUGCCAACCUGCAGACUGCGCGAUCGCUCCAAACUACACAUCAACAUCCCGAUAGGAGAACAUACGUGCUGUAACUGUGGCAUGAUGUGAGGAUGUACUUUGUGUCUUUCGCAGUUGUCAUUGUACUCUCAGCUACACACACACACAAACGACUCAUCAGUGUAUAUGUGAGCAAGAAUAAACAAACAUUGCCAAGUGCAGAUUAUAAUUAUUUGAGUUUUUUUUAAUCAUAUGCCGGGAUCACGCUGACUGAUUAAUAUCCACACAGCAGUUUGAAACGAGUUAACGAGCUGCUGCUCAUCUCGGAGUCAGAAAGCUGACAGGGAUGUUUGGGGCCGACCCUGCUCAUACUAAUUAAAUGUAGUAUGUAAUUACUGUUGAGAAAACAUUUGUUUUUGGCAAAACAAUAUUUGACAGUAACCGUCGUGCAGAAGAGAAGACAAAAGCAAGCAUAAUCUUUCUUUCACUUCUCUAACCCCCGGGUAAAACGAUUGACAAAAGCCUGUGUAAUUGCACUCUUUUCACUUUCAUCCCUCCUGGUUUCCAUUCAAAGCUUGACGAUAGUGUCUAAUCAUCUAACAGAAAAGAAAGGCAGUCACUCAGCAAUGUACCAUCACUUGAGACUACUUCUCUCCCCACCAGGCUUUCUGUCUAGGAUGGCUGCUUUCUAGCUCCAGCACACUCUUUUGUAUAAAAGCUAAAUUCUAAUUAGCAAAUCCUGGGCUGCAGUUUAUGACUCCAUAUAGUUUGUCUGUCCUUUUAUUCAUAAGUGUAUGCUCUGUUUUCUCUCUGCUUUAUAAAAUGUGAAAAAGAUGAUGAUGAACUGUCUUCUGUUUGGCAAUUUUGUAUUUAUUCUUUUAUUUUAUUUUUGAACUUGCUUCUUUUGUAUAUCAAUACUUGAGGUUUCUGGCACUGAAGUACAAUAAAGCUGUGUGCUGUUGGUGUAAUCUAAUUCAUUUAUCUCCAUAGAAAUGGAGGCAGUGGCAGAGGCAGUAGUGGAUGUAUGGGCUUUUCCCCUAGGAAACAAGACAAAUGUGGACAAGGUAGAAAUGAGGAACAAAAAGGGACAUUAUAGUUUCUUCUUCUUCUUUUUUCUCCCUUCUUGCUGAUGAAACAGCAGAAACAGUAACUGUACAUUUGACUGUGACGAUACUUAUGAUUCAUUGUGUGUGUGAUGUGAAAUAUUGAAGUUGGUGUGUAUGACUGGUGGAGACUGUCAAAGAGCAAACAAUAAAAGUGUUAGCAAG